GCUUCAUAAACAAGCCGCCGCCACCUGGCUGCACAGUGUUCCCACUGGCACUUCCACCACAUCGGCGCAGCGGCUCACAGAACAUGGCACUAGCCGACACGGAGCGCGCGGUGCCCGGCUGCGGGGACUCCGGCUCCCCGUUCUCGGAGAUCAUCGAGCUGAACGUCGGCGGACAGGUGUACGUCACCAGGCACACGACUCUCAUCGCCGUGCCGGACUCGCUGCUGUGGACCAUGUUCAACAAGAAGUGCCCCAAGGAGUUGGCGAGGGAUAGCAAAGGACGCUUCUUCUUGGACAGGGACGGCUUCUUGUUCCGCUACAUCCUAGAUUACCUCCGCGACCUGAACCUGGUCCUGCCGGACUACUUCCCGGAGAAAAGUCGUCUGCAGAGGGAGGCCGACUUCUUCCAGCUGCGGGACCUGGCCAAGCAACUCAGCCCGCGCGUGAGCAAGGACAACUCCAUCAGCGAGGAGAUCGGCCACAGCGACACGGAGGAGGGCGCGCAGCAGUGCGGCCCCUCCGGCGGCGGCGGCGCGGAGACUUUGCGCGUGAUGUCGUUCGGCGGGGCCACCACGCGCACCCCGUCGCUGGACUCCAGGAAGUCGGGCUACAUCACGAUAGGAUACCGCGGCUCGUACACCAUCGGCAGAGACAUCCAGACCGACGCCAAAUUCCGGAGAGUGGCGCGCAUCACCGUGUGCGGCAAGACGGCGCUGGCCAAAGAAGUGUUCGGGGACACGCUGAACGAGAGCCGGGACCCGGACCGGCCCCCGGAGAGAUACACGUCCCGCUACUAUCUCAAGUAUAAUUUUCUAGAGCAGGCGUUUGACAAGCUGACAGAGGUGGGCUUCCACAUGGUGGCCUGCAGCUCCACGGGCACGUGCGCCUACACCAGCAAUGACCCCAACGAGGACAAAAUCUGGACAAGCUACACUGAAUAUGUCUUCUGUCGGGAUUAAGCAGCAGGUCGAUGUAAAUAGACAUUUCAUAAUCUAGAGGGGAAUGUCUUUUUAAUAGAGUAGUCCGUCUGCUGUGUUGAAUUUUUCGAGUGACUGAAACAUAUUGUUCCAUUAUUCUGGGAAUAUAUUGCCAGCUCUGUUUAAAAAAAUAAAUAUAUUUUUAAACCAGAGAAACACAUGCCUCUACAAAGAGGCCACCAUCUCUCCUCCUCACAGAACUGCAUAUGAAUGUCUCUGUGAGAAGAAGCAGCCAUUAGUAUUCAGUGUCACUGUAACUUCAUCACUUGAUCACAUGUUUUUAGGCCAAGUCUCUUGUAUACCAUCCAUCAGGCUCUCAUGCAUCCUUGUUCUAUUGCUGACAUGACUGUAAGUGUAUCUGCUUGCUCGGUGGAGUUGUGUUUGUAAAAAAAAAAACCCUGUUUAGGUGAAAUAAAAUCUUGUGCUCGGCUA